AUGUUCGAUCGACAAGGAGGAAAACUGCUACUGCUGUUUGCGACUAGGUGGCUGGCGCUGCAGUCGGCUCUGGGCAACCGUGAAUGCACGGCACUCAGUGGCAUUUUGGUGUGCCACAGGAACCGCAGCGCGGCGGCAAAUGUUAAGCUAUUUCUGUGGGACAAAGACGAGGGAGAAUUCGGGUACGGUUUCGCGACCGACGACCAGAUGAUGGCAACCAACGUUACAGAUGCGAACGGAAGCUUCACGCUCAUCGGCUGCGGCUACGACAAGGAGGCGUACCCAGACGCUGACCGGAACCAGCCCGAUCCGUACAUCGAGAUCAGGCACACCUGCAACGGGCCAACGCUGCAAAAAACAGCGUGGAAUCUGCCAAAGAUUUUUACACCCGGAAGUUUGUGAACUCCUUGUGUGAUGGUCGUACUGCUGCUGAUAGCACUGGCCAUCCUUGACAUGACAUCGUGUAACCAUCAAUGCCUCACGGUGAUUGGUAAGGUGAAGUGUUCAAAAGAUUCGAAGCUGGUUUCUGAUCUUCUGGUGACAGUGUUGAAUUUCAGAAACGAGAAUGGUGAGACUCGAACCAACCCUAAUGGUGAUUUUGAACUUACCGGCUGUGGCCAGCCUGUCGAAACGGAGCCUGGUAGUGGAACGAAUCUUCCGCCUUACUUGCAGAUCUUUCACAAGUGUAACGGACCUAAAUAUCAGAUUCUGACAGUCGGUCAGCCACUUGAAUAUGGUAAAACAAAUCUCAUCGAAAACAUCCCGCUAGACAAUAAUUGA